ACUGUAUUCAUACAUAUGUAGAAACUAUAUAUAGAAUUAUAACAAAGUAAAUUAAUUAGAGUGCAAAAAUGCAAUCCUUGAAGGAAAAAGCAUCAAAUGUGGCUGCUUCUGCAAAAUCUGGCAUGGAAAAAACCAAAGCUACCGUACAAGAAAAGGUGGAUAAGAUGAAAGCCCAUGAGACAACAGAAAAAGAGAUGGCCACAGAGAAGAAACAAGAAAGGAUCUAUGAAGCAGAGAUGAACAAGCAGGUAACUCAAGACCGCAAUGCUGCUCUCCGCCACGGCGCCGACUCGGGCACAGGCAGGCCACAUUAUUCAAACAUUGGGACUGGUGAGCCAAUGGGUCAUGUGACUGAUGGAAUAGGCACUGUGACUCACAACACCCAUGUAGGUGGUGGGGUUAACCCGGGCUAUGGCACGGGCGCAGGCAGGCAACAUUAUUCAAACACUGGGACUGGUGAGCCAAUGGGUCAGGUGACUGAUGGAAUAGCCCCGAGCUAUGGCACGGGCACAGGCAGGUCAUAUUAUUCAAACACUGAGACUGGUGAGCCAAUGGGUCAAGUGACUGAUGGAAUAGGCACUGGGACUCAUAACACCCAUGUAGGUGGUGGGGUUAACCCGGGCUAUGGCACUGGUGGUAACUAUAGUUAGACACAGGUUCGACAAAAUGCAAUAGUUUUAACCCGCGUCUUAGGUAGGAAAUUCGCCGGUUAGAACCCAAUAAAUAGAAAGAUUUGUGAUCUUAAUCCACGAUCAUAAGAGAUAGAAAUAUUUGGCUUCUGAAGCCCAUGUUCCUUAAUGGCACUUACAUUUUAGGUGCCUCCCUUCUUCAUGUUGUUUUGUGUUUUUUAAAAAUGUUAAUCGUGUAAGUUAAUACAGAUUAAGAACAUUUUUUCUGGUUA